AACAGUUGUAUCUCAUUUGCACUAUUCAAAGUCUCGAAAUUGGUGGAAAAACGAAUUUAUAAGCAAAAGUUUGCUUUACAAGUUGUAAAGGUAAUCAAUGUUUUAAAAUAUUAUGAUAAUGAACAAACUCAGCAGCUUCAUGGUGACUUGGAAGCAUCAGGUUUUAAACGAAAGAAUCCUUGA